AUGCGUUCCACUGUGGGUGGACCACCAGACACUCUUGGCCACGAACAGGCUCGUAGCAGUAACAAUAACAACAGCAACAACAACACCAGUGGCGAAAUCAAUGGAAACUCCGGUUCCCAGUAUGCCCUGUGUGCUUUGGGGGUUGGGCUUAUCGCCCUUGGUAUUGUGAUGAUUGUGUGGAGUGUGGUACCUGCAACACCACUUGGCAAUAGCAGCAGCAGCGGCAACCCGGCAGGUGAAGGCAGGAAAAAUAAGGCGUCUUCUGUGGCCUUCGUCUUGACGGGCUGCGGAGUGGCUAUGCUGCUGCUGUCAUUAUGUCUGGGAAUGAGAAACAAACGGAGGGAACAACGACUCCAGGAGGCCCAGAACCACAGCGGAGCACCAGGAAGGGACCAGGAGCAAAGAGAAACUGCUGAGCAGCAAGCCCAGCGUUAUGCGGUGCCCACCUACGAGGAGGCGGUAUGCAGUGGCCAGUACCCGGUCACUCAGAGCAGCCUUCGCCCGAGCAUCUCCCAGCUGCCUUCCUAUGACGACCUGGUGCAAGUGGAUGGUGUGCAGUAUGAGAACGAGGGUGGUCCUCCUGCUGCUGCUGUUUCUGCAUCAAACCAUAGACCUGGGAAAAAUAACCUUAAGCUUCUCCCUAUCAGUAUCCGCAGGAUUAAAUCGGAGAAGCUGCACAUGAAAAACAUUGAUAACUUUCAGCCCACAGCUGGAUUCAGUAUUGAACCACUCACCCCCCCACCGCAGUAUGAGGAUAAAGUGCCGCCGCUUUAA